AUGGCCGACGAGGAGGCAAGUCGGCCUUUGUUGGAAGGGCAUGCCAGGUCCAGCGAAGAGAACCACCUGACACCAGGUAGCUCCACUCGCCCGAGUCAACGUCGAUCAUUUGAAUUGUCAUCUGAGUCGACACCUCUUUUACAUCGUCGCGAUGAUAUUGUUAUCACAUAUGGCACAGAUGGUGGACCAUCAAUAUCACCAUCAAUCGUCUCAGAGGCCGGUCCCUCUGAUGACGAGCCCUCUAAGAAGAGUCGGAUACGAUGGCCAACAGUCAUAUCCCUUGUAGGCUUGACUACUGCCAUACUGGCAAUCCUCGUCUUUGCAUUUGCUACGCCGGCCGUAGUGAAGGAGUAUGCACAGGAGGCUGCUGUCUUCCAGCCUACUGCACUCUCCAUCGACUCAACCACUCCCGAAGGGGUCCGUGCCCGCAUCCAGGGUAACUUCUUUAUGGACUCGGCCCGAGUGAAGAGUAACUCGGUCCGAAAUUAUGGCCGAUUUAUGACUUGGAUUGCAAGAGAGAUCGAAACUGGCCCAUCAGAUGUCGAUGUAUACCUACCAGAAUAUGGUAAUGUUUUGAUCGGCAACGCAGCGUUGCCGAACAUUAAGGUCAACAUUCGAAACGGUCAUCAGAAUGAGAUUGACUUCUUGACCGAUCUUACUGCCGGUGAUGUGAAGGGAAUUCAUGGAAUUGCUAUGGAUUGGAUAGAGGGGAGAUUGGCUCGUCUCAGAGUAAAAGGCAAAGCAACACUACACUUGAAGUCAGGCUUAAUAGCCUUGGGAACCCAAGUUCUCGCUGAUACCAUUACAUUUGAAGAGUAUAUAGAGAACGAUUUCCCUGCGCUACCAGACAUCAACCUUGUCCAGUUGAAUGUGCAUGAUGGCGACAAUGGAACGAUGGAAGUUGACGCUUCCGUGAAUGCGAUGCUCCACUCGCCUGUUGCUUUAACAGUGCCUGCUCUGGGCUUUGACAUUCUCGUGCCCAAUUGCUUACCAGGAGAUCCAUAUAUCCUAGCCGCCAGUGCACAGACUCAAGAAAUUCAAGUCGCACCCAACCAAGUCACCAGUGUGAGCGUCGAAGGCAUCGUUAGGAGACUGCCAGAGGAGCUGACUACCAUGUGCCCGGGUGGAGAUGGCUCACCUCUGGACUUUUUAGUCUCAAGCUACAUCAAAGGCCUCGAGACAACAAUAUACAUACGGGGAGCAGAUGCACCUUCGCUUUCUGGGGCCCCGGAAUGGAUGGUCGACCUUCUUCGCAGUGUUAAGAUUCCUCUACCAUUCACGAAUAAAGCAUUGGACAACCUGGUGAAGAAUUUCUCCAUGUCAGACACACGCUUUUCUCUUCCCGACCCGUUUGCGGAGCCGGGGACCCCGGAGGCCCAGCCAACCGUAUCAGCGUUAGUGAAGGUUCUCAUCGCCAUCCCACAGGAAAUGAAUCUUCGUGUUGAUGUCCCCCAUGUUCGUGCAUUAACAAACGUAUACUACUCGGGCCAAGAGCUUGGAAAGUUGAACCUCGACAAAUGGCAAGACGCCAAUUCAACAAUUGUGAAAGAUGUGGAUGGAGCCUCGGUGUUGCUCGUGGAAUUUGCCAUCGAAGAGGCUCCUUUGGAGGUAACAGACAGUGAUAUAUUGUCGCAACUCGUGCAGGAUAUGCUAUUUGGUAGCAAAGAAAUCGUUCUUCAUGUGGAUGCCAACGUAGAUGCAAAGGUCGCAACUGGAUUGGGCCGAUUUGCUGUGCGCGGGAUUCCUGCAGAUGGAGAUGUCCAUGUGAAGAUAGUCGAAACCACUGAUUCCUCGCUGUCUGUGUUGACUCGAGUCAACUUUACAAACCCGACAGAGUAUUCUGCAACCAUCCCAUUCGCAGACGCAUUGGUUUUAUCUAACAACACUGCUCUUGCUCAUGUCACUGCACGCAAUUUCUCUCUGGCCCCUGGAGAUAAUACCAAUGUUGAAGUAGAGUUCUCAUGGGAUCCGCUACGGAAUGGUGGACUUGACGGGAUAAAAGCUGGACAGGCACUUAUAUCAUCAUUUAUUUCAGGAUCAAACACGAGUGUUACAAUUCAGGUCCAUCAAGGAAGCAUACCUGCUCUGCCAGACCUUGGGAAAGCACUUUCAUCUCUUCGAAUUGAUGUCCCACUUCCCACUAUAUCAGCACCAGGAUCACCAGAUGACGAAGAUGAAGGCCGCUCACACUUUCUCCAAGACGCAACGGUCCAUCUCUGGUCUUCCACUGCCGAGUUCACCCUUUUCUCGCCACUCACUUCCACCAGUAUCACGAUUACAUCCAUACAUGCCGUUGCAUUCUACAAGGAGGAUGAACCCGUAGGACGAAUUGACUACAACGAGCCAUUCGAUAUCCCACCGGGUGUGUCACAAACACCGCGUCUUCCGGUCAAUCUGGUCCUUGGUGGGGGUGCAUAUGAUGCACUGCGUCGGGCUUUAGGCCAGUCACUGGCAAUGGAUACAGUGGCGAAGGUUGGCAUCAGGAUCGGAGAUUAUGAGAAUGUUGUCGUUUAUCGGGGGAAAGGUAUUGAAGCUAAUAUCAAGUGGUAG